GCGGGGAGGUGAGAGAGGCGCGGCCGGCGUGGCGGGGGAGGAGGCGGCGGCGGAGGACAUGUUGUCUCCCCGGCGCAAAGGCCGCAGUGGUCUUUCCCCGCCAGCCUCCGAGAAAAGCCAGCGGUCCCCGGUGGCUCGCGAGUCUGGCGGCGCCGCUAUGGAGGAGGGCAGUGGCUGCCGCCUCUCGGCCGAGUGCCUGGAUGAGCCGCCCAACAGCCGCAUCUUCGUGGUGCUGGGCAAGGACACGGGGGAGGCAGUGAUCCGGGAGCGCUUCGCCCCCUUCGGAGACAUCCAGAACAUCUGGCUCCUGCGGGACAAGCGCACCAACGAGUCACGGGGCAUCGCCUUCAUCAAGUUCGCUCGCAGCUCGCAGGCCUGCCGGGCGAUGGAGGAAAUGCACGGCCGCAGCCUGGUCCCAGACACCAAACCCAUCAAGGUGUUUAUCGCACAGUCAAGAGCGUCUGGAAGCCACCGAGAUGUUGAAGAUGAGGAGCUUACACGAAUCUUUGUUAUGAUACCAAAAUCUUAUACAGAGGAAGAUCUGCGAGAGAAGUUUAAGAUGUAUGGAGACAUUGAAUAUUGCAGCAUUAUUAAAAACAAGACUACUGGAGAAAGUAAAGGUUUGGGCUAUGUGAGGUAUUUAAAACCAUCGCAAGCGGCCCGAGCAAUUGAAGAGUGUGAUCGAAGCUACAGGGCCAUUUUGGCCGAACCUAAAAAUAAGUCAUCUGAGUCUUUUGAACAUGAUUAUUAUAGUAAUAAUACGAGGCAAGAACCAAGAGGAAAUACACUUCUGUUUUGUGGACACCCAGAGUUUUGUGGGUUUGAAAAAAAUGAGAGCAGAAUUCAGGAGUCAGUCUCUAAACGUCUGUCAGUGGUGUCACGGCUUCCCUUUGUCCAGGAGCAGCUUUUUGCCCUCUUUGAUCUAGUUCCGGGACUGGAAUAUUGUGAUGUUCAGCGAGAUCCUCAUACCAAUAGUGGGUACGCUGUGAUUCAGUACAGUACUGCUGCCUCAGCCAUAUAUGCCAAGUAUAAAUUACAUGGUUUUGAGUAUCCUCCUGGAAAUAGAUUAACUGUCAUUUUCCUGGAAGAUGGGAGUGAUAGCUCAGACCUUAUCAGAAAAAUGGCAACACAGUUGGUAACAGCUCACGUGUCAUCUGUGUUACGGAAUAACAAUGCAAUUGUUCAGCAGUACAGAACACCUCCUCAGACGUUUGGAGGAACUUGUGGCUCACAGUUAAUUCAGCCGCAAACAGAUGCCAUACUUCCACCACUGAAAAAAAAAGUUCCACCUGAUACUUCUGUGAAGGAAAGGCUUUUCAUACUUUUUCAUCCCCAUCCUUUACCUGUAAAUGUACUGGAGGAUGUGUUCUGUCGAUUUGGACACUUGAUAAAAGUUUACCUUGUGGCUGGAAAAAAUGUGGCCUAUGCAAAAUUUGCAGACAGAGCAAGUGCCAGUGAUGCUAUAACUGCGUUGCAUGGCAAGAUUGUGAACGGUGUCAGGCUUAAAGUAAGAUUGGCAGACUCACCUACAGAGGAGUCCAACAAACGACAGAGAACUUACUGAUCAGGAAACUAAAUAAUGACAUGACCCUCAGCUAUCUGACUGGCUGACUGACUGACUGAAAACGUGACUAGACAUGGUUCCUGUGGACAGUGACAGCUUUUUUUUUUUUUUUUAAUUUAUUUAGCUGAUAUCCAUAUAUAUGGUACUUUCUGGUUUUGAAAAUGCAGACAUAAUAGUUUUGAAAAUUAUCUAGGCAUUAAAAAUUGUGAAUUGGUGGAUGUUCUUGUAGUAGUCUGAUCUUGUAUAACAGAAACCUCUCUCUUGUGUUUAACUGAAUUCCUCCUCUAAGAUGGAAAUUACAAUGAUGGAGGAAAUAAAGGAGACAGCGUUUUGUGGUUUAACUGUUUAAUUGAUUAUAUUCAGAUUAUAACUGUUAGAAUAAAAGACAUUUUGAUGAUCUAAAUUGCAUUGAAUACAAAAGUACAGCAGUAACUGCAAAGAAAAUGAAGUAACUCUUAAAAAAACUGCUAGCAAUCCUUGACAGUAUUAAGCUAGAUUUAAGAAAAUAACUGUAAUCAUGACAAUUUUUCAAGCACAUUCUUAAAUAUUUUGUUGAUUUUGGCCAAAAAGUUUGUAUGCUGUUUAGUGAAAAGGACAUUUGACUGUGGGUCAGACUUAGAGCUACUUACAUUUAUCUUCUCUUAUCCUGGGAUCUUUUGGUUAUAACUGCUGGGAAAGUAUGGAGUCUAUGACUGUCUUUUUGUUUUGGAGGGUUGGAGAUUCUUUUGGUCUUCAGGGUUGUUUUUUUUUCUUUUUUUAGUGUGUUUUUGUGGGUUUUUUUUAAGAAGCUUUCAAUGCAAAUAUGCAUAUAUUGUUUAAAUAAGAAUUUAAGAAUUUAGCAGCUUCAGCAGGUUUUCAGCAUUGAUGAAGAGUAAAUGAAGAUUAAAUGAAGUUUGAAUAAGUAUUUGCACAGAUAAUUUUCAAAUGCUAAAUACUUUUCUGUGUAUUCCUAAACAGUACUUGUUAAAUUGAAAAUAUCUUGGUUAUUAAAGUAAUUUAUACAGAGAAAAUUUAUAAAUUCUAGUUGUAUGCACUCUAGAGCACAAGCAUGCAUCCUGCUUCCCAGAGUCUCGCAUCCUGCUUCCCAGAGUCUCGCAUCCUGGUCCCUUGAUCAUCAGUAUGGAGAGAGACAGUGGAGCAUCCUGGUAACUUGCUCUGGCUCUGAGCACCUUAAGGAAGAUUUCCUUCCAGGAGCUCACAGGAAGAUAGGGGUGAGAAUGCAUGUCUUACUCUCUUGAGUUACCAGGCAUGGAAUAGUGAAGUGGGUUUCAGAGUAGACAUGGCCAAUGUAUGCAAUUUUAAUGUGACAGUUAAUUACACUGAUAAGGGGGAUUUGGUCCUGGGGAGACAGAGUGAAUGCUAGACCAUAGUAAUCUGGUUAGUGGAGUUUACUUAAGGACCAACAAGAUUUGAGCUUUUAUCCUGACUGAUUUCAUACACUUACCUGCUUUUCUCCAUCCCCUCUCAGCAGUGUUAGUUUCAUGUAGCUUUAGGUUCCCUUACUAGUUCAGAUACUGCUGGUGUCGGGAGGGUUGAGCAAAAGUUCCAUUUGUGCUGCACAGCUCCUCGCUCACCAGUCUUGGGUCCUGCUGGCCACUGUCCUUGAGCAGCCUUUGGCAUUGAUUUCUAUGCAGUUCACUGAGCUCCAGGAUCAUCCUCCUCUUCCAUGAUCUUAACCUUCUGUUUCUCCAGCCCCUUGUUCUAAAAUCUCUACUUCUAACCAGGAAAAUUUCCUUGCAACCACCUUUUAUGAUGCUCCAAGACCUGUACCUUACCAAUCUCAAUACUGAGUGCAGAAGCACAGCAUCGUAUAAGUAGUGAUUUUUGUGUUGUGUAUCUUCAUUAGUUUAAGCUGUGUUUUUUACCCAGGACAGCCUGUUUUUUUGUUUCUUUGUUUUUGAAAGAGAAGGAGGAAUCAAGAAGGUAUUUGAAAAUAACUCCAAUUUUAAGUAGCUGAAAGAUGUAAGCAAAACUCUGUUUAAUUUUCUCCAUUGUUUUCCAACAGCAAAAUAUAUGUACCCAUUAAAGCAGUGCCCUUGGUUGGCAUUUGGAGAGUCAGGGGAAAGAAGAAGGAGCAGAAAGAUUGAUACAAUCUUUUCAAUUGAAAUAUAUGCCUACUUAAAAUUUACAACUUUGCCAUUCAGGGCUUCACAGUCAGCUAAGAAUACUGAUAGGGCACAAACCUAGACUAGCCAGCUAAUAAUGUCAUGUGACUUUCCCUACUGUUGGAUUAAUGAGAUUAGAAUAAUACAUGUAGUGUACAUAAUGUUUCUUGUACAGAAAAUAUUUUGAAGCAUUUAGUAAAUGGGGCCCUAAUACAAGAUACAGCCAUAUUCAACUGUCUUGUCUUUAUUGCCUGCUUUUUAUAAAAAGAAGUAUCCAUAAAAUUGGGGUUUUUGCAUUAAUGAGGGUAUAUGAAAAUAAGUGUUGUCACUGCAGUUGCUUCCAAAGUUUAAAUUUAAAGUGCCAGAAACUGUAUUUUAAAAAAACCCACAAAGCAAUAUUGUUUCUUAUGUUAAAGGAAUGUUAGAAUUCAAAUGCUUAAACAUGAGGACAUUGCAGAAUAAAGGUUGCCUAAGAAACCUCCUUUGCCUUCUCUCCAUUCCCCUAGGACAUGUUAUGAUGCA